GCAGCGCUCUGGCACAGUGAGGCGGCAUCUGCGAGCCCAGGGACACCGAGCAGAGCAGAGCCCCUCACUCCGGGCUCAGCCCGAUGCCAUUGGCUCCCGAGCCGCUGGAUUUAAAGGGAAGAGGAGCUCGGAGGGCUGAGCUGCACAGGCAGGCGCAGGCUCAGCCAAGUUGUCAGCACGCUGCGAGCAGGAGAGGCUCGAACGCACCAGACUGCGGGGUGCCCGCGCCUUGAUGCUCCUGUGGCUCCAGAAAGGGGAAAAAAGAAGAGCGGACCAAAAAAAAAGCAGCCAGAAAGGGGUGAAGGAGCCUGAUCUAGUCCAGCAGUCCCAGAGGGAAUAAUGGAUGUGACCAUCUCUCAGUUCAUCUUAGAAGAAUUUGAUGUGAACUGCAGCCUCCUGGAUCGUUUACACGAGACUUUUUUAGAGAGUUCCUCUCUGUCUUUCCUGGGCUUUGAUGGUCCGUACUGCAAUGCCACCACGGACCAGAUCGGGACCUGCUGGCCCAGAACCUCUGCGGGGGAACUCGUGGAGAGACCCUGCCCCGAGUUCUUCAAUGGGAUCAAGUACAACACCACGAGAAAUGCCUACAGAGAAUGCCUGGGCAAUGGGACAUGGGCUUCCAAGAUAAACUACUCUCAGUGUGAGCCUAUUCUGGAUGACAAGAGGAAGUAUGCGCUCCAUUACAAGAUUGCUCUCAUCAUAAACUACCUGGGCCACUGUAUUUCAGUAGGGGCCCUCAUAGUUGCCUUUAUGCUUUUCUUGUGCUUGAGGAGUAUCAGAUGCCUGAGGAAUAUUAUCCACUGGAACUUGAUCACCACGUUCAUCCUGAGGAAUGUGAUGUGGUUUCUGCUUCAAAUGAUUGAUCACAACAUCCAUGAGAGCAAUGAGCCCUGGUGUCGAUGUAUUACCACUGUCUACAAUUACUUUGUGGUGACCAACUUCUUCUGGAUGUUUGUGGAAGGCUGCUACUUACACACUGCUAUAGUGAUGACCUACUCCACUGACAAGCUGAGGAAAUGGGUCUUUCUCUUCAUAGGAUGGUGUAUUCCCUGCCCAAUCAUCAUUGCCUGGGCCAUUGGCAAGCUGUAUUAUGAAAAUGAGCAGUGCUGGUUUGGAAAAGAGCCAGGGAAAUAUAUUGACUACAUCUACCAAGGGCCCGUGAUUCUUGUUCUCCUGAUCAAUUUUGUAUUUCUAUUUAACAUAGUUAGGAUUUUAAUGACAAAGCUGAGAGCUUCAACCACUUCAGAAACAAUCCAGUACAGGAAGGCAGUCAAGGCCACGUUGGUUCUCCUGCCCCUGCUUGGCAUCACCUACAUGCUUUUCUUUGUCAACCCUGGCGAGGAUGACAUUUCCCAGAUUGUUUUCAUCUAUUUCAAUUCCUUCCUUCAGUCUUUUCAGGGUUUCUUUGUGUCAGUAUUUUACUGCUUCUUGAAUGGUGAGGUCCGUUCUGCUGCCAGGAAGAGGUGGCACCGCUGGCAGGACCACCACUCCCUGCGGGUGCGCGUGGCUCGGGCCAUGUCCAUCCCCACGUCCCCCACGCGCAUCAGCUUCCACAGCAUCAAACAGACCGCGGCCGUGUGACCGCCCACGGACACCACCCACCACCCACCACCACCACCACCACCCCGUGGCCUUCAGAGCUCUCCUGUCUCCACUCCCACCCCCGAGCCCCUUCCUGCAAACUCGCCUCCUUUGGCCCCACUGAUCUCUUUCCAGUGAGGGGCCCAUCUUGGUUCGUCUCCCACAUCCGCGAUGCUGCUUGGAGGCAACAAGGAAAAAGCUUCUUGGAGUUGGUGGUGGUCAAACAGAUUCAAAGAAGGAACAGGUUCAACCCUGACUGCAUCCUGUGGAAGUUCACAAUGCAAAGUCUAGAACAGCACACUUGCAGGAAAAAUCAAAUUUUUUUUUCACCUUCCUUUCUUUUUUUUUUUGUUUUUAUUCCCCCUUUCAUAUUGCGGUGAGCAAAGUGUUUUGAACACACUGCCCAUCUCACCCUAUACAUUGAUUCCCAAUGAUUUCAACAGUUUUGGUGUAUAAUAGCCCAUCCCUUUCUUGUUUUCUUUGUAAAAAAGUUUCUUCUGUGCAAAACUGUCAUUUGAGAACUUGCGGCAGCAAGAAAAAGAGCGUCUGAAAUGUGGUGUGAAAAGCCUGAAUUUACCUGCCUUCCCCAUUUCUCUCUUGGACAGACUGGGAAUUGUCAGGGCAUCACUGGAUGUUCCACACAGGGCACUUUGCCUGGUGAGCACCAUGCCCUGUUCUUACACAGAUUUUCAAAGGACAGGAGUAGCUCUGAGUAGCUCUACAAAAUACUCUCAAAAUUCCUCUUAGCCCCACGCUUCCAGCACAGUGUAAGAGGAAAGCCUUUGGAAAGUGGUUUGUUUUCAGCUCAGAGCAUUAGGGUGGGGAAGGACACCUCUUCUGGGUUUAAAAAACACAAAAGGGAAGCACUGUAAAGAUAAUAAGGAUGACAAGAGGAUGUUUGUGUUCCAAGGAUAAUGCUACAUGCUGCACAAAGGUAUCUAUUGAGCAUUUUGAACUAGAGCAGUUGUAUCUACCAGGCUUUUUAUGUGAUGUUCAAGAAAACUGUAUAUUUUCAAUAAUAAACACUACUCUGGGUUGGUUUCAAUAAAACCAGGCAUCUUUUUCUUUAACUCUGAAAAGGAAGAGGACAUCUGUCUUGAGAGUGGUUUUGCAGCUAAAAUCAGGGAUGGAAAUCCUGUUUGAUAGUGAGCCAAGAAGAAGAACAACCUCGUGAUGAAAUCCUGACGUGGGGGCAUUUAAAAGCAAGAAGAAUUGCCUCCCUUCUCAGCUCAUGGUUUUAUACUGGAUCCCUGUCCCUCUGCACUCUCUCCUCUGGGCUUUGCCACAGCAGUAAGAAAAAUGUGGUGUUAUACAUUCUCCAUCACCUGCAUCUCAACAGAGCUGGAGUAAUUUGCUGUUUCCACUUUUAUCAAGCUUACUCUGAAUUUUCUUCAGAUGUUUUAUAGGACUUUUCAGCACGAGCUUGAUUUAAACCUCCAGAUUUAUCUUGCUCUAGUUUUCAGGGGCUGGAAAAUCUCUUGGAAAACAUUGUUAUAAAUCCCCUGCUUAUGGGGGGAGGGGGGGGGAAUGUCUGUCCUAUCAGCUCAGUCAUAUUCAACUUUGAGCUUGCUGGCAAUGAGCAGCAGAUUUAAAUAAACAACAUUUUGUAACUUU